CCAAAUAUUGUAUGUUUUCAUGUUCUGAAAUAAUAUAAAAAUGUGCUGCCCUUCUUGCUAUUUUCUGUUUUUUGACAGAUUCCAUUAAUAGCAAAUUGAUAAUGAUAGUUGAUAAUCAAAAUAAUUGUUAUUUGCUGCUUUAUUUAGAACCGAUACCAAUCAUGAUUUUAUGCAUUAGAGAAAUGCAUGUUUGACAUAAUGUAAUAAUAGGGCCAUUAGGUCUCAUACCAAAUUCCAUUGAAAUACUGACAGAUAUAUUCAAUAGAUCAUGAAUAUGAUAUUGUAUGAUACCAGAUAUUGCAUUCAUUUCUGUUGUCUUUCAUUUAAUAGACCAAUGGCAAACUGCAGCCUUAACGGGAGAGAAGCAGUUUCUAAAUCACUUCUUCGGUGACAGGAAAGUCUAAACGUGUCAACGAAUUUAACUGAGACAUUAAAAAGCAAAACAUACCCAAAUAGUAAGAGACAGAAGUGGAUACUUUAUUCAAAAACACAGUUAAAUGGCCAAACCAAAUACUGAGACAGUUUUACUGAGAGGGAAAAAUAUACAAUGAAACAAAGUUUUUAGCCUUGCACUCAGAGUUGCUAACCCCGCUGUGUGUGAUCUAAAUGCAGUUUAUUAAUGUAUAAAUCACAAAAUACACUGCUGUUAUUUAUUUGAAGUGGUUGGUGUAUUGUUUCUCAAGAAUGUACUGUAAUAUAUACAUAUAGUAUCAUUAAUUCAAAUAUAAUGUAUAAACAGUGUAGCAUUAUGAAAACAUGUUCACUUGGUUGACGAUUGUGAAUGUUUGAUUUGAUAAUUAUCGAUUCAUUUUGUUACCUGUAGUCUAAAGUAAAUAAGUACAUAAGUUAACUCUGAUGGUGUCAUGUUUUUAUAAUCCGGUGCGCAUGGUUAUCAACGUCAACUUCUGACUUUCUUUUCUCUUGUGAACCAACUGUUAUAAAUAACAGAAGUCCAAAUAGACUUAAUAGUGGGAGAAGUAGCGCUGUGUGUAGUACUUUCAACACCAACCACAGAUUUAAAGCAUAUCAACGUGCAUUGUAUACAAGUACAUUUACUCAAGUACUGUACUGAAGUAAAUGUGUGUGGUACCAGUUUCUACUAGAUUUCAGUGGAAAAUAUUGUUUAAUACAUUGUUUGAUAACUUUAGUUACCUAUUCCUACACAGAUUUAGAUUAAUGACACAAAAUAAAAUCAAUGAAUACAUUUUGUGUAGUAUUUUUAGCUGCAGUUGCGUACUUCCACCACCAGGGGGGGGGGGGGGGGGUCUCCUCGACUAACACUGCAAGUCGUCAUCAAGGCAACCAGACUGUCAUAGCAACCUCGCUGACGCUUAAAGAGAGGCACUUCCGGUAGGAACUGGAUGGAAAAAGCGACAAACGGCAUUUUUCAGCGUUUUAACUUGUAAUUUAGCUUCAACGGGAGGACGCACCCUAUUCUUCCACGUAGUGAAGCGGCUUCUAAACAUCAACGGGUAUGGUUGUCUUCGACUCUUAUUGUGAAGGACUGAAAAACAGACUAUUCUGAGCUCUCCCGACGUUAUCAAUGCAUUCAACCAGGCCAAAGUCCUCCAAAGGGCGAAGCAGACCGGCUGUUAACGACUCUUCGUGUUCCGGUGACGCUGACAGACGCACACCGGGACCACAGGUUGUGUCUCCAGAUGUUCCCGUGCACAGCAGGCCGGACAGAAACCUACGCUCCCAGUCACAACCCAUAAUGUGGCCGGCCAGUCAGCUGAGCCAGGAUGGGGUUCUGCAGAUGUCGCAACACGCCCCCGCAGCUCCACCGCAGUCCUUGAACAAGUACAAGGUUCUUCCGUCUAUAGGUAGAAGGCAGUCAGAUGCGAGUCUGCACAAAAACAUGUCCAAGCUCAGCCUGUCUGGUGAUGCUGUCCUGCAGCAGAGGCCCAGACACGAGGAGCCAGAUCUCCCCAAAGUGAAGGAUGUGACCCCCCAGACCAGCAGCUCCGAGGUGGACAAGAGGGCUGGGCCAAAGCCCCCUGAUCCAGGACCUAUAAGGGCCAAAGAAGCUGGCAGUUUGCUCCUGGCUAUCCGAGCACCAUGUGGUAGGAGGUUUCAGCAGCACUUUGAACCCACAGACACUCUGCUGACGGUGAGAGCCAGUGCAGAGCUCAGGUAUGAAGCAGAGUACGGAGGGGCUUCCAUCGAGACCAUGGAUGUGCCACGCAGGACCUUCACAGACAUGGACAUGAGCUUGGCCCAGUGUGGCAUCUUGAACAGAUCGCUGUUGUGCAUCUCACAUAAUGAAGGGUUCGGGGAGUACCAGUGAGCUUAAAUGUUUUUUUUUUUUAAAGUUUUGCAGCUCGGGCUUUGUAGUGGUAUUUAAAAUCCCCCUCCGUGUGUUGCAGAGUUUGAUGAAGUAGACGCAACUUUGUGUCCAGCAGUUCAACGUUUAAGAUAUAAACAAAAAAAUUAAAUGAGGGAGAAGCAGCAGAGCCCAUUUGUUUUUUUAUUGAUUUUAUAUGCAAAAGAUAAAUAUAUCUUUCAGGACGUUUGGGGCUUCAUAAGUAGUAGAUAUGCUGUAAAUGUGAAUUUUUUAAAACUAAUUUAGGUAAUUUAACUUCUUUUGUUCCAUAUUGGACUAAAAUUAUUAUUCUUAGACUCACUAUUUGUAGACUAUUAAUAAUUUUGUCUUAAAACAUGUCUGGAGAGAAUAUUUAAGUAUUUUUUGGAGCUUUUGAUGACAGAAAAUUCAGAACAAUUCGAUUCACUAAUGCAUCUUUACUGGAAACUUGUUUUACUGCACGAUUUCUCAGAAUACUCACUAAAACGUAUAUAUAACCAGUUGACCUAUGAGGACGUUUAAAAUGACAAGUAUGUUCUAUUCCAGUCAAGACAGUAGGUGAUUAGUAAAUUAACGAAUGAUCUGUCAGUUAUUGAUUUAAAGAAAAUUGGAUUCAUUUGUUUAUCUGGUAUUUAACAUCAAAGCAUACGCGAUACGAAAUGCUGACAAAUACAGCAACAAAAUGGGUUGUUGCAUUUAUUCACAUCUUUUCUUUUCUGAUUGUUCUCAUUUGCCAAAUAUGCUUUAAUUCGGAUGCAGAGGCACAGUACAGCCAAUAUAUUUACUUUCAGAGUACAACUACUGCCCUGCUGUAUAAACACAAAACAUAAAUACUUAAUCCUGUGACUGGUUGUUGAUUUUACAGACUUGUAUGUGUUGAGUCACAAGUUGAGAUAAACCAACAGAAGAUAUUUUGACAUGCCGCAGAAGGAAAAGCACAGGUGUAAUUAUUCAAAUUAAGAACGAACAAUGCCGUCCUUGUUAUUAGCAACACCUGUUGCUUUUCUGAGUGAAAAUGAUCAUCAGCAACCAACCCUCAAUGUGUUCUGAGAAAGAACUCCUUUUACAUGUUUUCAUACUGAAUGGAGCCACAAAAUAAUUUCUGGAUGGAUGAAAGCUGUGUUCUUAAUGAAGCGUAAAAGUACCACGACAUGACGCCUCAAUCACCUGAAUAUAUUGUAUACUACCUGAAGAAAAAUGUUUUCAUUAUAUGUUUAAUAAAAGAU